CCGUCUUAUCGGCUUUCCUCUCCCCGGGGAUGAAUAUGUAAAUCCUAUACCGGUGCCAGUAGUCCAGUAAUUUGCAUAUAACAGUAUUAUAGACUAAGUUAGGUUGCCUAUUAUCUAUGGAAAUGUAUCAAAAAAUAUGAUAACAUCUGUCUGUCUGUAUUUAUUUGUAAAACAUAUGACUUUACAUUUGUUUUUUUCUACAAUGUUUUAACGCUGACAUGUUUCUAAAGUCUCAUUUUAUUGACAAUUAGUCUAAAUCUACACCUAUUGUUGUUACAGAAAUCAUUCGAUCAACUUUCUGAGUCUAGGCUAUCAGAAUCUGAGAGUCGUUUUGCUAGAAUUGGGUCAAAACAUCACUUUAAUAAAAGUUGCUUGUAGGCUAUAAUUUAUAAUGUUUGGAAGUUUGUGUCACAUUUUAAUCACUGACAUUGUUAUUUCUGUAUUUAUUAAUUAAUCUUUACUUACAAUCAUUGCUUCCUGCUAGUACUGUAGUAUGAAUAAAAUACUUUUUUCUGGCAAAAGUUAUAUUCGUAUCCAUAUUUUGAGAUUUCUUAAACCUGUAUCAACUUUUAAAGCCAGAGAAAUUUUUAUGGAUUCUGAGGAAUUAUCUUCACUAAGUAAAGAAGAAUUGAUAAAAAAGGUUACAUAUCUUCAAGAGGAGUGUAAAGUGCUCCGAAGUAAAGGCAGUACUUUGAAUUCAAAAUAUGAGAAACUGAAUCAAAAAUUCAACAAAAUAGAAGAAAAAAACAAGCGGAAAAAGAAACGAAAAUUUGACAUAGCUCAAUAUGGGCAACGAAAAAUUGCUCUCAGGGUCGUUUAUUUCGGCUGGGAUUUCAUGGGAUUGCAAGAUAACCCUGGCUUAGAUGAUACAAUUGAAAAAAUAAUGUUCGAAGCAUUAUCAAGAACUAAACUAUUAGUUCGUUCCGUUAAGGAAGCUGACUAUACUAGAUGUGGUCGGACUGACAAAGGUGUCAGUGCUUUCUCACAAGUUAUGUGUCUGAAUUUACGCUGUUUCAAACAAACUUCAAAAGUUGGGAAAUGUGGCGAUUCUGAAGAAUCUCAAGAAAGUCACGUUUCUGAUGAAGAUAAUACAAAUCAAGAACUAGACUAUUGUAGUAUUCUGAAUCACGUUCUGCCAGAAGAAAUAAGAGUCACUGGUUGGGCACCAGUAGAUGAUGAAGCAUUCAGUGCACGACAUCAUUGUGUUGGAAGAGUUUACAAAUAUUUCUUUCCAAAAGGUGUUUUGAAUAUUACGAAAAUGAAUGAGGCAUGUAAAUUACUUAUUGGUACGCAUGAUUUCAGAAAUUUUUGCAAAAUGAAUGUAGAGGAGACUACCAUAUUUAUUCGUAGAAUAAGAAACUUUACAAUAGAGUUGAAUCCACAAGAAGAUCAAAUUGAAACUAACAAUCCGUAUCAGAUUUAUGUUGCUACUAUACAUGGCACUGGAUUUCUUUAUCAUCAGGUUAGAUAUAUGAUGGGGAUUUUAUUCUUAAUUGGAUUAGGUUUUGAAGAACCUAAUGUUAUAUCUGACUUAUUAGAUGUUAAAAAAACUCCGAAAAAGCCACAAUAUGGAUAUAUGGCAGAUUUCCCUUUAACUCUAUAUGAUUGUGCUUUUAAUAAUUUGAAAUGGAAUCUAAGCGAGGUUGCUUCAAAAAAAUUGCUCACUCAUUUUCAAAGAUUCAACUCUAUUUUUUCUAUUAAAAGUGCAGUGACAAAAAGUAUGUUGGACAAAUUUAUUAUUGAUGCAAAUAUAGCAACAUUCCCCAGUGAUACGGUUUCUGUGAAAAGUAGCAUUCCUUAUAAUAUGGCGAACAUUGAAAAUUAUGACAUAAAUGGUUUUCUGUUGAGUGAAAAAAGUGCUUCAAAACAAUAUAGAAAAGUUUUGGACCGCCAUACUGGACUGAGUCUUGAAGAAAAAAUAACUAACAUGGAAAAUCGUAAAAAGAGAAAGCUCGAUAGAGAAUCAAUUGAAGAGAAUAAUUCAAUACAAGAACAAGAAAUAACAAUAACUGUAUAAAUUUCACCUAAUUUGAUGCCCAAAAUUCGAUAAUUUGAUACCAUGAUUUCUUUGCUAAAAAUCCUUCAUUCAAUAUCAGUAAAUGUAUUUUUAAUUAGUUUAUAUAUGCAGUAAUAUUAACAAAAUGCAUGCAUGCUGAGGACUAUUAUUGUUGCUUAUUUUGUGUUUCACAUAAAAUUAUUUUGAGUUGAGUGCAAAAAUUAAAAAAAGUUUCUAUGUUAAAUAGAGCUAAUUUGGAAUACGUUUGAAUUAUCAGUUUAUGUGGCCUUUGAUUAUGUAUGCAUCCAAAAAAGUAGGCCUAUCAUAUUUGGCGAUGAUAUAUAUUUUAAUAUCCAAGAAUUCCAUAUUUGGCGAAAUAAUUUCAUAUGUAUUAGUAUUUUAAUAUAUUUCUUCUUCGCUUCGUUUUGAUCCAGGUUUUUAAACAAAGAGGAAAUCUUUUCCAUUAUGACAUUCAUUUGAACAGAUUAAUCAAUUUCAAUUUAUUUUAACAUUGUCAAUAACCAUGUCAUUGUAAGAUUUUCACAAAUGUUUAGUUAUCUUCAUUCCAAUGUUUUUUUUUUAUAUUUUUAAUGCCCCUUUGCUCAAUAUGUUUGAUAUAAAAAUCAAGUUGUUUUCUUGAAAUCUUGUAUUCGUAGUAGUUCGACUUUGGUAAGUAGUUUCAAUGAUACAAAAUCUGCUGACUUUUUCAGGAAUCUUCAAUAUAGUAUGGUUACUAUUAGUUGAACUAUGCUUGAGCAUUUGUCAUUUAUUAGACGUUGCUCAUUGCUGGGAAAGCAAUUGAGACCAUGUAUGGCCAUGUUCGUUACAAAAAGGAGUUCAGGUGGCCUACAAAGCCCCAAUGCAGAUGUAGGACCAUCCCUAGAUUUAUCCGAAAAACUCAAAGAAGAAGAUAAUUUAGAAAUGGAUCAUAAGAAUGAAAAGGAAAAGAACAGAAAACAAGGUCCAUUGGUCAAGAUAACUGCAAAACAGUUGUCAAGAACUCGUAUAGUUGGCUCAAUGGUCAUCAGUCUCAGAGAAAUAGCUUGUGUAACAAUGUCACAGGACCUUACCCUUAGUAGCUGGCAACGUUUUCCGAUAUUUGAGACAAAAUCAAAAAAAUCAUCAAUAAUGAAUAUUGGAGAAUAUUAUGAAAGGAUAUCAGACUCUAUAGCACAAUUUCAAACAAUUCCUGAUCUAUGGAUUUUAGAAAAGCGCUUUUGGAAAUUAUCCGUCCCAUUUUUAAGUUCUCAUUUUCUUAUAACAAAAGCCAUGCUUCACUGUCUUUUAUCAGAAUUAUAUGACAAACAUAAAGUAGAGCGCAUCGUGUAUGGUCCGUGGAAUAAAACCGGCCAUGUUUUUGACAUUAUGGUACCUGGAGCAAGCUCUAGAAAAAGUGGUCGAGAAAAAGUGACUGAAAUUUUUCAGCAUGGUGAAUGGGGUGGCACUAAAAUUAAGUUUUCGACAAAUUUCAUUAAAAUAGGUGAAGCAGACAUUCUAGUUAAAAAUAAAACAGAAGACUUGAUUGAAGGUGAAUAUGAAAAAGUAAGUGAAGAAAUGUCCGAUGCAUUUCUUCAAGCUGUUGCUUUUUGGACAACUUUGCAAAAAAAGUAAAAAUACUACUAUAAACAAGUCAAUUUGAAAGUUCUUUUUUAUUAUUAUCAAAAAUAAGGCAUAUAUGCAACUCUAACCUGACUGAACAGCUGAACUUGGAAUUAGCAAAGUAAUUUUCGUCAUUUUUUUUUUCGGUCAGAAUGCUUUGUUAGUUUUUUUUUGUACAUGCGUGAGAGUUCAGCAUUUCAUUUCAGAAUUCAUACUGUGAUAGCAUUCAUUCUGGCAUUGGCGUUGCCUUGUUUUUAUGAUUGUUUUUCCUGUUAUCAGCAAUUUUGAUAUUAUUUGUUUCUUUCCCUUUUAUUGCUAUUCUGGGGAGAGAAAAAGUUGGCUUGAUUGAUCAUAAUGGUGGGCCAUCGCUUUUUCUCAAAAUUUCAGUUUUAAAUGGGGUAUGGGAAUACCACCUAUUACCAUAAUCAUUUAAACGUCAAGCAUUUAUUUGAACAGCUUUGUCUAAAAUGUUUCGAUUAAUAUUUCACCCAAGUGGCUAUUAUUUUCCAAGCAAUUCCACUUGAUAUCAUAUUGGCUACAGAAGUUUUCCUCAAAGAUAACAAUAUAACAUCAUACAAACCAUAUGGAGCACCAAUGUGCUUUGACAAAGUUAGUUAACAGAAAAUAAUGUAUUUUUUUUUUCAAUUAAACUUCAAAAUGUAGAACUCACAUCAAACAUUCAUUCAUGGUCUUUUAUUUUGGGAAGAAAAACUUUUAAUUAUCUGUAUUUUGAGUGAAUUUUAUGUCAUAAAUGAUGUGAAAAUUUAUUAAUAUUGUUAUUGAAACAGAAUAUUUGAUACAACCAAAUUAUGUAGCCUAUGUAUAUAUAAGAGGUGACAGAACUGUUGUUGAUAAUGUGCAUAUCAGCAUGUAAAACAUCUUUUUCUGUAAUGGUUAAUUACUUUGUUUAUUAAACUUUCAAGCAUAGGGAAGCAAUUCUUAUUUGAAAUUGAUGCCUUAUAUCUCAAUAAUAACUUGAAAUUCACAUAAUUUAGUUAGCAUUUUUACCAUGUUUUUU